GUUUUCUCUGCAGCACAGAGGGCUACAUGGCCUCCUACAGUUUUAAGUACGACACUACUAACUUGGACCUACUUUAUCAACAACAUUUGAGUCCUUUGCUUUCAGUAGACAUGGACUCCAAAAUGAACUACAACACAUGAGCUCUUUUUUUUGUAGGUUAAACAGUUAAGAACGAGCGCUUUGGGACCUUCUGCAGGUUUUAUCUUCAAUUAGCUUUUUCAGCAUUCCUCUUUGUUGCAGAAACAGAUGCUUCUUCCCGUUUAAUAGCUGGGACCCUCUCAACGAACCCUGACUGCAUUGGGGAAAUCAGAUUUCCAACUGAACACCACCUCGUCACCAUGUCCUAUGAUGAAGACCCUUACAUCUUCUCCACUGACGCUCUACCCACUGACCGCCGCUUCCUCCCUCCACUAGCCAAUGGGCUGCUGGGAUGGAGGGUGUACAACAAUACCAUGCACAUGGGGGGUGUGUAUAACGGGGAGGGUGGACGUUGUCACCGUGCGGAUGUCCCCUGUCCUCUUGCUGUGAAGGUUCAGAUGAACGCACCAGCCCAGCACACCUACAGCCUGGACACCCACACAGGUAUCUUCACCCACAGCCUGAGCUCAGCAAGUGUAACGGUCUCACAGUCUCUGUAUUCACACCGAUACUACCCUAACCUGAUGGUGAUGGAGAUUCUGAUGGUGCGUCAGGUGACCUCAGAGGAGCCAAUCACUGUGAAUCUGUUCAGCUCAUUCACACCUCAAAGCAAAGACAUUGUUUUCGAGUCGUGUCCUGAUUACAAAGGGGGAAGUCACGUCCAAGGAAAGGUGACCACUGCUGAGUUCCCAGGAGGUUCCUGUCCGUCAGUGCACCUUAUCUGGACCCCCAAACCCCCCACUCUGACACUGCUUCCAGAACAGAGCCAGGCUCGCUGGGCCUUCAUCCUGGUUGUGGCCAACAGUUUAGACACAGCUGAGGCCAAUUAUGACGAGGGCCUGAAUCUGAUAGCCUCUGGUAACCUGCGUCCGUCUCACGAGAUGGCCUGGAAAGAACUGUGGCUGCAGAGCAAGGUGGAGGUGGCAGGGUCAGAGGGCCUCUGCAAGGCUCUGAUAGGCUGCAUGUUUUACCUCCUUAGCGCCUUCCCCUCCAUACAUGACACCUCCAGCUCUUUUGGUGGAGUCAGUCCAGGCGGACUGUCUAAUGGUGGGGAUGGUCAGGACUACUGGGGACACAUUUUCUGGGACCAGGACAUUUGGAUGUAUCCUGCCAUAGCCCUCUUCUAUCCAAAGCUAGCCCGAUCUGUGCUGGAGUACCGGGUGGGGACCAUAGAUGGGGCAAAAGACAAUGCCCAAAAGCAGGGCUUCAAGGGACUGAAGUUCCCAUGGGAGAGUGCUGUAUCAGGGAGGGAGGUGUGUCCAGAGGACAUUUAUGGACAACAAGAGAUUCACAUAAAUGGAGAUGUCUCCCUGGCCUUCCAACACUAUCUCUACCUCACUGAGGAUCUGUCCAUGUUCACAGAGGGCCAGGGCAGAGAGGUGAUCUACGGUGUGGCAGAUUACUGGGUUUCUCGAGCAUCAUGGAACCCCGAGGAUCAGAAGUAUCACCUCUUAGGUGUCAUGCCACCUGAUGAGUAUUACUACGAUAUCAACAACUCUGUGUACACAAACGCGGUGGCCAAAUUCAGUCUCCAGUUCGCUGUAGAUUUGGCUGACCUCCUACAACAUCCGGCACCAAAAGAAUGGCAGGAAGUGGCCGAACACCUCAAAAUACCUUUUGACGAGGAAUCCCAGUACCAUCCUGAGUUCGAUGGCUACGUCAAAGGUCAUCCAGUGAAACAGGCAGACACGGUGAUGUUGGGCUAUCCUCUUGGACUGCUGAUGUCCCCAGAGAUCAGGAGAAACGACCUUGAAGCGUAUGAACCAGUAACAGACCCUAAUGGUCCGGCCAUGACGUGGGGUAUGUUUGCAAUCGGCUGGCUGGAACUGGGGGAGGCUGAGAGAGCUCAACGUUUACUUGAGAAGUGCUACAAAAACAUCCAGGGACCGUUCCAGGUAUGGAGUGAAUCAUCAGAUGGCUCUGGUGCAGUCAACUUUCUCACAGGGAUGGGGGGAUUCCUGCAAGCCGUGCUGUUUGGUUAUACUGGCUUUAGAGUUCAGAAGGAAUGCUUGGCCUUUUCCCCACUUCUUCCCAAUGGCAUUUCUGAGCUCUGCGUCCGUGGUGUGACCUACCUGGGCAGUCAGAUGGACUGGCUGCUGAGGAAAGAUGAAGUUUGUAUCAUACUGAGGGAACAGGCCAACAGUGCUGGCAACACUAAGUCCUGUGAUCUGCAGGUUGUCCUGAAGGCAUCAGGAACUACAAUCCCUCUCAUGCCAGGGAAGCCGGUUACUUUUCCUCGAGGGCCCGGGUGUGUUUGUAAACUGGUCUCGGCGUAUUCCUGUUGGCCUCUCUGAAACAGUGACCAUGACCCUCCUCAUCAUUUACCAGCAAUUAAAAAUAUGUUGAGCAAGUUAUUUCAUAUCUAAGCUGCCGUUAAGUUGUAUGUUCCCAUUCACUCGAGCAUCAGCAAUCAUGGACAAAAUGUAUGACAUUUUUAUAGUGUUAGUUUCAUGAUAUGCCAUCGUUGUUAUAAAACCAAUGUUGUAUUGUAAAUGAGUUAUAUUCAAAUAAAACUACAUU